AUGAAGGAAUACCGGGCCGAGCUAAAGAAACUUGCGAUCCGAGUAAUGGAAAUAAUGGAUGAGAACUUGGGCCUCCCGAAAGGUUACAUCAACCGGGCCUUCAACGGCGUUGGGCCCGAAAAUGAAAUCCGGGCCUUCUUCGGUACCAAGGUGAGCCACUACCCUCCUUGCCGGGCCCCCGAAAAAGUCAACGGGCUUCGGGCCCACACGGAUGCCGGCGGCGUGAUCCUACUCUUUCAAGACGACGAGGUAAGUGGUCUCGAGAUCUUGAAAGACGGGUCGUGGGUCGAAGUCCAGCCCGUUAAGAACGCGAUCGUUAUAAACACGGGCGAUCAAGUCGAGGUGUUGAGUAACGGGAGGUAUAAGAGCGUUUGGCACCGGGUUUUGGCUAAACGGGACGGGACAAGAAGGUCGAUUGCGUCUUUUUACAACCCGUCGUUUAAGGCCCCGAUCGAGCCGGCUAAGGGGAUUAUUAAGGAUAAGGAGGAUGAUUGUAUGAUUAGGUAUCCUAAGUUUGUUUUUGGUGAUUAUAUGUCUGUUUAUGUUGAGCAGAAGUUUCUUCCAAAGGAGCCUAGGUUUGAAGCAGUGAAAGGAAUGAAUGUAAUAAGCAUUAAGGGAGAAAAAUAG